AUUCCAAUUUCUUCUCUUUCGCUCGCUAUUUUAUUUUUCUCCCUUCCAUUUUCUACAGCUUCUCUCUCCCUAACCUUCUCGUUAUCUUCAAAAACCCCUCUCACAUAUAAGAAGUUCAUUCAAACCCUACCCGAACGGAUCUGUCGCCUGAAUCUCAUUGCAGGAAGUUUCAAAUUGUCUGCAACUUUAAUCUUCGAACGGCCAGGCACACUAUCCUAUAGGUUUGCAUAUUGAGUUUCUGAGGUCGCCGGAGAGUUGUUUUCACUGUCAAAAGAAUUUCACUAGUAAAUUCUAAACUAAGAGAACUGUAAGCAUUGGUUUUUCCUCGAAGAUUGGAUAGAGCAGUUUGCCUUGCAACAUUGAAAAUCAAAUCUUUGAAGAAGUAGCCUGUUUGCGAGCCCUUUCUAGUUUCUUCAUCACAUUCCGUUGACCUCCCUCGUGCUCUCUCCCUCUCUAUUAUAAGAGGGAGGCGUCUAAGACAGCACCUGUUAACCACGGGUUAGUUUUGCAUGGGCGAUCAUGAGGGCUGGUCACAGCCAAGUGGCCUAUUGCCUAAUGGCCUCUUGCCAAAUGAAGCGGCUUCUGUCACUCAAGCUCUUGACCCAGAGAGAUGGUCCAAAGCUGAAGAAAGAACUGCAGAACUGAUUUCUUGUAUCCAGCCCAAUCAAGCUUCAGAAGAGAGAAGAUUUUCUGUCGCAGAUUAUGUUAAACGGCUUAUCACAAAUUGCAUUUCCUGUCAGGUAUUCACCUUUGGGUCUGUACCCCUCAAGACCUACUUACCGGAUGGGGACAUUGAUUUGACAGCUUUCAAUAAGAAUCAAAAUUUGAAGGAUACCUGGGCAAAUGAAGUUCGAGAUAUGCUUGAGAAUGAAGAAAAGAAAGAGAAUGCUGAGUUCCAUGUAAAAGAGGUUCAGUAUAUUCAGGCAGAGGUGAAGAUAAUAAAGUGUCUCGUAGAGAAUAUAGUUGUGGACAUAUCCUUUAACCAGCUUGGUGGGUUAUGUACCCUUUGUUUUCUUGAUGAGAUUGACCAUUUGAUAAGUCAAAACCAUUUAUUCAAGCGCAGCAUUAUACUGAUCAAGGCUUGGUGCUACUAUGAAAGCCGCAUAUUGGGGGCUCAUCAUGGACUUAUUUCAACUUAUGCUCUUGAGACCCUGGUUCUAUACAUAUUUCACGUCUUCAAUAAUAAAUUUGCUGGGCCACUUGAGGUAUUAUAUCGCUUUCUGGAGUUUUUUAGUAAUUUUGACUGGGACAACUUCUGUGUUAGCCUCUGGGGUCCAGUUCCAAUUGGUUCACUUCCAGAUAUGACAGCGGAACCUCCUAGAAAGGAUGGUGGUGAGCUAUUACUCAACAAACUUUUUCUUGAUGCUUGUAGCACAGUAUAUGCUGUUUUCCCUAGUGGCCAUGAAAAUCAAGGCCAACCCUUUGUUGCCAAGUAUUUUAAUGUCAUUGAUCCUUUGCGUACGAAUAAUAACCUUGGUCGAAGUGUUAGUAAAGGCAAUUUCUAUAGGAUACGUAGUGCCUUUGCAUUUGGGGCUAAAAGGCUUGCAAGGUUACUUGAUUGUCCAAAAGAGAACCUAAUUGCUGAAGUGAAUCAAUUCUUCAUGAACACAUGGGACAGACAUGGCAGUGGCCAUCGCCCAGAUGCACAUAGUUCUGAUCUGUGGCAUUUGCAACCAUUAAAAUCGGAUCAUGUUGAUGGGUCUGAGAAUGCUAAAAGCUCUUCAAGCAACAAGAUUGAGAGUUCUUAUCGUCAUGAAGCUGAGGCCGAGGGAACUCAUGCAUUGCAUGGCAUCUACCAUAGUAUUCCUCCCUCAGAAAGCUUAUCUAGGAGCAGUAAUGUAUCUACAGUUUCUCAUAGUCAAAGCCAGAAGAGUUAUGGUAGUACAACCAACUCUAAGAUCUCUGAUCAGUUUGGAAGAACUAUUGGCUCUGGUGAUGGCAUACAUGCUGAGAAGUUUCAGAGAAGUUCCAGAACAGAUUACUUGGUAAAUGAAAUACAGGGAAGGUAUCAGUUUGCAAGGACACGUUCUAGUCCAGAACUUACAGAUACAUCUAAUGAAAUUUCAACUCGAGGAAGGCGCAAUAAGGCACCAGAAACAGGAAAAGGCCAGAUUACUCUUGCAAAGACAGAUAAUAGUACGAGACACAAGAACUUGGGCUCUGAAGUUUCCAGCAGUCACAGUGCAAGAUCUUCAAUUGAUGAUCCAUCAUCAUUGGGACACAGUUCAUCCCAUCAAAGCCUUGAUAAUGCAGCUGACUCAAACAGUGUUUCAAAUAAUUACCAUGAUGAAGCCGGGUUGGGUGCAAUAGGGGAAGAGCUUGCUACUGUUGCUGAGGCAAUGGAAAGGCAUCAAGAAGAGCAAGACCUUGUGAACAUGAUGUCAUCUUCUAGGCUUCAUAGUUUUAAUGGACAAGUUCAGAUACCAGUGAAUUUGGCUUCACCUCACCUACCUCUCCCAAUAUCUCCUGUUCUGACUUCAAUGGGUUAUACUCCAAGGAAUCUGGCUGGGAUGGUUCCCACUAAUAUUCCCUUGAUUGAACCUCCUUGGGGCUCAAGUAUGCAAUUUUCUCCAGGUCUGGUUUCUUCAGCAUUAUCCCAUUAUUUUCCUAGUGUUGGAGUGACCUCAAAUCCUGAAGAAACUAUUGAAUCAGGUAGUGACAGCUUGGGUUUGACAGAAACAGGCCAAGAGGAUGUUGAUACUGGUUUUGGGCAUGAACAGGAAAUGGAUUCUGCCAUAGGUUUUGAUUCCAAUAAUGGAAGUCUCCAAGUGUUACAGUCAGAUAACAAGUUUGUUUCUUCAUCUCGAGCAAGUAGCUCUGGCAGUUCUUUUACAAGAGUUCAACAGAAAUUUCUCAAAGAAAAUACAGUGGUAAUGAGGGAAGAUCAUGGUGACAAUACUCGGUCCCAAAACAACAGAGGCAAUGAGGUCUACUCUGCAGACAGAUCUGCAAGCUUGAGAUUCUUACCAGUUUCACAGGCUAGUUCUUCAAGAAGCAAGCCACAUGCUGAAAGUUCCUGGGAUGGAUCAUCUGCAAAGGUCUCCAAGUCAGCAAGGAACAAGCAUGGAAGGAAAACAGCUGCACCUUCUGUUCCACCUGCUGUAUAUGGUAAAAGCAAGAAUAAUUGGCAGUAUGAGGUUCCUUCAGUUGACCCUGUUUCUGUUCAAGUAGAGGAUGACAACAGAGAGUGGAUAUCUCUGUCAACUGCAGGCACUGAAAUAACUGAAAGAAGUAUGGAUCCAUUAUCUGCAACUUCGUCACAUGUUCCAAGCCAUCAAAUCGCUGGCUAUGAACCAAUGCAGAUAAGUGGUUCAGAUUCAUUAAUACCUAUUCCUAUGUUUGUGGGUUCCGGUUCAAGACAAAGGGUUAUGGAUAAUUCUGGAUUGUUUGCUUUUUAUCCAACAGGACCACCUGUUCCAUUCCUAACAAUGGUUCCAAUAUGCAAUUUCCCAACAGAGAGAGGAAACUCUGAUGCAUCCACUAGCCAUUUUGACAGGGAAGAAAAUGCAUCCACUAGCCAUUUUGACAGGGAAGAAAGUAUUGAUAGUAGUCAUAUAAACCAGUCUGAUCAGAACUUUGAUUCAUCUGACAGUCUUGAUCAACCGGAGUUUUUCAGCAGUUCUUGUUCUAUUAAAUCGUCUGCUUCAGCAGAGCCUACCGAGGAGCACAAGUCUGACAUCCUUAACAGUGAUUUUGCCAGCCAUUGGCAAAAUCUGCAAUAUGGGCGGUUUUGUCAAAAUCCUCGAUAUCCUGGGCCUUUGUUUUAUCCCUCACCUGUUAUGGUACCACCAGUGUAUUUACAAGGUCAUUUUCCAUGGGAUGGACCUGGAAGACCUCUUUCUGCAAAUGGCAACCUGUUCACUCAGCUUGUGAAUUAUGGCCCUCGCCUUUUUCCUGUUGCACCUCUCCAGCCUGGUUCUAAUAGGCCUGGUGGUGCUUAUCAGCGUUAUGGUGAUGAAGCCCCUAGAUAUCGUGGUGGAACGGGAACAUAUCUGCCAAAUCCUAAGGUUUCUUUCCGAGAUCGUCAAGCUUCAACAGCAAGAAACCACAGAGGGAACAACUAUGACCGGAAUGACCACCAUGGUGAUAGAGAAGGAACAUGGAAUACAAACUCGAAACCACGGGCUGCUGGUCGAAACCAUGGUCGCAACCAAGUUGAGAAGCUGAGCUCAAAACCAGACCAACUGGCAGCAAAUGAUAAUCGGGCUGAUAGGCCAUGGGGUUCAUACAGGCAUAAUUCAUUCCCUUCUUACCAGUCUCAGAAUGGUCCAUUCAGUGCCUCAAACUCCAUGCAUAGUAGCUCUGCCAAUUUGGCAUAUGGCAUGUAUCCGCUUCCUCCUAUCAACUCUAAUGGCAACACGCCAACUGCAUCUGCUGUUCCAUCUGUUGUCAUGUUGUACUCCUAUGAUCACAGCACUGGUUAUAGUUCACCUUCUGAGCAGCUUGAGUUUGGCACUCUUGGGCCAGUGCAUUUUUCAGGUGUGAACGAAGUAUCACAACUAAGCAAAGGAGGUCCAGCAAGGGGUGUGUAUGGGCAGCAGAGGUUUCAUGGAGGUUCUGCACGCUCUUCACCUGAUCAACCAUCAUCUCCCCAACUUCAGAGAUUGGCGGCUCAGAGGAAUUAUCAGUUGAAAGAUGAGGAUUUCCCACCUCUGACGUUCCAAAACCAGGGAGGUAAUGAUGGUGAGAACAAUUAUAAUAGCAAACCUUCCCAUUAUCAGACCUUCUUUUUCACACCUCCCCAUUCCUAGAAAGGGAUCUGGAUCUCUUGCCUAAGGAGUUUCUGUAUUUAUCUCAUGUAAGUGGAUGCUCUAUCAUACUGUAGUGCUUGUAUGUACUCUACAUAGUCAAUUUUUGACCCAUACCCAUUUUACAAGGGCGAAAGGAUGGUUAGAGAGAGAGAGAGAGAGCAGGGGAAUUAUCAUGAUUCACUUCAUCUUUUUCCUCAUUCUUCGUCUUUCACUUUUCUAGGGUACUAGAGCUGUACCCCAUUAUGUGAUAAUCUCUCUCGGGUUUCAGGGUUUGAGGUUUAGGGGUUUUCACCUUCACAAAAAGUAGAUGUUUUACAUAUAGGAGUAGGCUUUUCAAUUCAUCAGUUCAUUGUUCAUUAGAGCUGACUUACACGUUCUGUUUUGGAUCCUACAAUGUAGCAUAUAUAUUUUUUUUUCAAAUUAUAAGGUAGUUAACAAAAUGGAAUGGCGAAAGAGGGUUCAUGUAGCCGACCCCAUUAGUUGGGAUAAGACUUGAAUGAUGAUGAUGAUAAAUUAGUUAACAAAAGAUUUUUGGUGUUAAUUUUUUCCUGAACAAAAUGUACGAUUCAAAGUGUGUUUUAGUAUAUCCACAUACGUAUCCUGGGCCA